CAUUCAUUAGUUCAAUGUAGCUAGCUAGUAGUAUAGUAGAAGAAAAAAAACUUAAAAAAAAAUAAAUAAAAAUGCCCCCUUUCCACAUGAAAGAGUGUGCACUUGUUCCUCCGACAUCACUGAGCCAAGCAACCCAAUUCCUUCACUGAGAAUGCACAGCGCCGAAGCAGUGCGUCUUCUGGGGAUCGCCGAGAAGCUCCUCCAGAACCGCGAUCUCAUGGGCUCGCGCGAGUUCGCCAUCCUGGCUCAGGAAACCGAGCCUCUCCUUGAAGCCUCCGACCAGAUCAUGGCCAUCGUCGACGUCCUCCUUGCCGCCGACAAGCGCGUCAACAGCCACCCUGACUGGUACGCCGUCCUCCAGCUCGACCGCCGCUCCGACGACCUCGACCUCAUCAAGAAACAGUACCGCCGCCUCGCCCUCCUCCUCCACCCCGACAAGUCCCGCUUUCACCUCGCCGGCCACGCCUUCAAGCUCGUCGCCGAUGCCUGGACCCUCUUAUCCGACCCCAUCAAGAAAUCCGUUUAUGACAAGGACCUCACUUUCUUCUCCCGCGUCGAUUUGUCCGUUCCCGAAUGGGUCCAGCAGCAGGAGAAGCUCCCCGUCCGGAGGCCUGGGCCUGGGCCCAGCGCCGGCCGCAACAGCGCUGCGGCACGCGAGGACAUUCUCGCGGACGAGAAUUCGAGGAGGAGGCGGAGGAGGAGGAAAAGGAGCUCUACUUUCUGGACCGCGUGUCCUUAUUGUUAUCGUUUGUAUGAGUACCCUAGGGUUUACGAGGGUUAUUGCUUGCGGUGCCAGAAUUGUGAUAGAUCCUUUCACGGCGUCACGGUUCCGUCGCUGCCGCCGCUUGUUCCGGGACAGGAGGCUUAUUAUUGCUGUUGGGGGUUCUUCCCCGUGGGGUUUGUUGUUGGCGGCUUCGGUUCUCCGCCGGAAAAAGAAGCUGCUCCAGUGGCGGCGAAGCCGGUGCAGGCACCACCUCCUCCGCCACAACAGGCUUCUUCGCUGCCGAAUUGGAUGCCGGUGCCGGCUGAGAAUGGCGCUGGGAGUGUUACUCCGGUGGCGACGGCGAGGGUGACAAGCUCGGGGGCGGCGAUGACGAACGGGGUUGGAUCGGGGACAGGGCCGAAGAAACGGGGGAGGCCGAGAAAGUAUCCAUUGCCGUCGUGAGAAGGGGGUGUUUUUGGAUUGUUGUAGUGGCUUGUGAAUUGAUCAUGCGUGUUAACCCCCAAGUGGACACUGCUGAGAAAAAGGAAAAAUGCUCAGAAGAGGAUGAGUGUACCUUUAGUUGAGUUGUCUGUAGCCAGCUACUAGGUCUUCUCCUUGUUGGGCUUUGUGAUUUCAUUGGAAUGGCUAUUUGGAUCUGGUUUUGCAACUGUGAACUGUCACAAUUUUCUUCUUGCACAUAAUGAACGGACUGGAAUCGUUGGAUGGAGAUCAAUCAAUUCAAAUUUUGAAUACAAGUUUUAAAUCCCAUUGACAGAGAUAAAAUAUGAGCUGUAUAAUCUUUUUCCAACUGUUCCAAUUCGCUCACUGCAGGAAAUAGGAAUGCAUGGAAAUUGUGAAUCUGGAUCCUGGCUAUUCAUGAUGACUAUUUUUGGGAUAAUCAAGUGCUUUGUAAACUUAUCAAUCCAUUUGAGAAUACAAAUUGGGAACAUGAACAUAUAUAGUGCUCAUAGUAACUUGGCUAGUAUUCAUUAUUGUUGUAGUAGUUAUUACCAUGUCCAAAUACUUCAGUUUCUUCACUUGUGAUAUAGUUUUGUUCUGUGCUUAA